AUGCCUGAACCCAGCGUACAACACCUCUCCAUCGGCGCCUCCACCUUCAUUCCCGUGGAGAUCUUCGGUGCUGAACCGAAAGCCAGCGGGACAAACGCUGACUUUGCUCACGACCAGAAAGAAUCGGAACCCGAACAACCGAAAAUCACGUACACCGACGACGUGAAAGUCACACCCACCAAACAAGUACGACGUAGAUGUUCCAACUGUGCGACAACCACACCUCCGAGUUGGAGACGCUCGGUCAAGAAACCAGGAAAAGUUGUGAUGCUGACAAGAACUUCGACAUGCGGUCUCUACGAACGUACCCUCUAUUUCCCACACCCUCUACGACACGCCUCGUCUUCUCGUACCUACAUGCAAGCGAGUUCAGACAAAAUGAAUCGUAAAGUCGACAACGAUCACCAUGGACCACAUAGAAGAUGGAAAGAACGACAGUUCUCAAGCGCUGUCGAUCCUGGUCCAGACGCCCUAAUGCCGCCUGGUCAUCCACAUACUGUCUCAGAAGAUACGACCGCAGAGUCUAUGGACCAGCACUCCCAAUCCACAGCCUCGCCAUCCAAGCAAGUAUCGCUUCCUCACGGCAUGCUUGAGCACUUCGCCGGGCAUGCUGAGGGCGUCAGUACUUCCGACAUGAUGGGAACGAGAGAGCCUCGGAUCCCUAGUGCGUCCGAUGCGCUUACCGAUGUCGCCAGUAAGAUGAAGACGCCAUCAGGCCCAGACGCAGAGAAGCAGUAGAGGCAGGCAAUAGAAACUCGCUACAUGGAUGGUAGCUGGGUGGAGAGAAAGGAGGCGAGACACGUCCUGAUGAAUUUGGCAUCGAGAUGAGAUAAUCAGAGGACUGCAGUCUGAUCAGGGUACCAUGUGAUAAUGUUAGGUUGACUUCAGUCUGCC